CAGAAAGAGGCGGGCAGGAGCGGGCUGCCUGAGGGGGAGGUGGUGGAGCAGCAGCUGCUUUCUGGGAAGGCAUUCGGAUGGGAUGUCAUCACCGAGGUCGCCCUCCCCCUCCCACCACGCCCGCCGGCUGUGGAACCAGGCCCUGGCCUCGGGGAGGGAGGAAGCCAGGGCCGGAGCCGGGUCAGCAGCUGGGAGGAGGCGGGUUCGGGGCCCAGGGCCAUCGGGAAAGGAUGGGGACCCGGGGCCUGGAGGCUGGGUUCCCAGCCUCGGACCGGCCAGCCCCACCCGUCCCAGCAGUUAGUUCCUCCCUGAGCUGCUCACCCGCCCAGCGGCCGGACCACAGCACAGCUGGAGCCCAGCAGAGGCCCCAGCAUGUGGGGCUACCUGUCCCUGCUGCCCGUCUUCCUGGCCGUCUGGGCUGCCACCAGCAUCUGGACCGUUUUUGCGAUCGCCGUGUCCAACAAGACUGUGAACCUGACGGAGGGCAUCCCCUAUAUCAGCCUCUGCGGAUCCUACCCGCCCCAGAGCUGCAUCUUCGGCCAGCUGCUCAACAUGGGAGCUGCGAUGGCCGCCUGGAUCUGCAUUCUCCGUUACCACCAGUUCCAGGGCUGGCGUGUCAGGAAGUGGCUUAACCAGCUGAUCCUCUGGUCCGGGCUCCUCUGUGCCUUCGGCACCUCCGUGGUGGGCAAUUUCCAGCAAAAGAACCAGCUGCCCACGCACCUGGCGGGCGCCUUCCUGGCCCUGUUCGUGGGCCACGUGUACUUCUGGCUGCAGGUCCUCCUCUGCUGGCGGAUGAAGCGCCUGCCCCAGCCCGGGGCCCCGUGGAUCUGGCCGCUGCGCCUGCUCCUCUGCAUCCUCUGCAGCGUCCUCCUGGUGACCAUGCUCGUCCUGCACUUCAGUCGUCAGCGCUCGGCGGCCGCCGUCUGCGAGUGGGCCGUGGCCAUGCUGCUCUUCACGCUGUUCGGCCUCAUGGCCGUGGACUUCUCCGGCCUGGAGGGCUGCUCCCUGUGCCUCCAGCCCGAGCCCAGCCUCAGCCCGCCGCCCGCCUCCCCCACCUCCCCCGUCUCCCCGCAGACCCCAACGCCGCUGCCCCUGGCCCUGCCCCUGGCCCCGGCCGGGCCUCCCGCCAGGACAGGGUCCGAGCCCGGGCUCCUCUGGGCCUCAGACGCGUCGCUGGGCACGAACCUCCCGGAGGAACCGCCCGGGACGGACCUUAAAGGACUUGGCGGGCACUGGCCGGUGUGGCUCAAUGGUUAGAGCGCUGGCCCACGCACCGGGCCAGUUUGAUUCCGAUCGAUCGAUCGAGACUGUGCACCUGGGGGUUGGAUGCCUGGUCCCAGCUGGGCGAGUGUGAGAGCCAAGUGAGAGAUGUGUCUCCCCCCCCCCGCCCUUCCGCUCUGCGUAAAAGCAACGGAGACACGUCCUGGGGGAGGACCGCCAACGAUGACGAAGGAGAUCGUGCCGUCGCCGCCCGGCCUGGGACCCGGACCCGGCGGGCAUGCAUGGGGCCGCGCCCUGGACCCCCGCGGGCCUGGCACCUCCCUGCCCUCCGUCCCCGCCCCUGCCCCGGCCGCCCAGGAAGCCAGAGGCAGCGGCCAGCUGGCUGCCGCCCCUGCCCAAGGCUAUUUAUUGUUGUUGUUAAUUCCUUUUCUUUUUGCCGCCGGCGGAAUCAGAGACUCAGACACAGGCAGGGUCUCGGGAAACCAGAAUUCCUUCCGGAGAGCAAAUCCGUACAGGAGGUGGGGGAGGGGGGGGGAGGAGAAGGGGGCCCAGGAAGGGGGGGUUGGGGAUGACACAGGGCAGAUGGCCCCCUGUCCGUCCGGAUCUGCUGAGCCACCCCGGCCAGCCCCGCCCCGCAGAGAGGUCGAUCAAUAAAUAAAAUAA